AUUUGGACCUGGAUGAAUAUGAGUAUAGCAACGAAUAUGGAAUUAUGCUUGAAGAAAAUAUUUUAUUAACCAAGCUGUCAAAUAUUGAAAUUCAAAAUACACAGUUACAAAAUAAUGAAAUUCAAGAAACUCAACUACAAAAUAUUGAAAUUCAGGAAUCACCAGGUUAUGAAAUUCAAGAAACUCAAUUAUCCAGCUUAGAAAUUCAAAAAACCCAAUUAUCUGAUAUAAAGAAAAAAAAAUGA